AUGCCCUCCAUCCUAAUCCUCAACGGCCCCAACUUGAAUCUCCUCGGGCUUCGAGAACCACAUAUCUACGGAUCAGAAACACUACAGGAUGUUGAAAAUACAUGUCGCGAGCUAGGAAGCCGGCAUAAUGUUAGCAUUGAAACAUUUCAAAGCAAUCAUGAGGGCCAUUUGAUUGACCGGAUCCACGAGGCACGAAAUAAAGCGGACGUGAUUGUGAUCAACCCAGCAGGCUAUACUCACACCAGUGUUGCCAUCCGCGAUGCACUACUCAGCGUAUCCAUACCCUUUAUCGAGGUUCAUCUCAGCAACGUUCAUGCAAGAGAGCAAUGGCGGCACCAUAGCUAUUUCUCAGAUAAGGCCGCUGCGUGCAUCGUAGGCUUGGGAACUUUUGGAUAUGAGGCUGCCAUUCAGUUCGCUGUGCGGAAGGUGAUCCCAAAAACCACUGCCUAA